AUGCCAGUGCUUUCUGAACUUGCUGCUAAACUUAUGUCAAUUCCUGCUUUGUUAGCAGCAGCAGAAAGAAAUUGGAGCCAUUUUGGCUUUGUUCAUAGGCUACCUGAUGAUAGAGUAAAACAGAUGCCAUCACUGGAAGCAUUAAAAGAGGUUGGACCAAAAAGAGAAAAAAUAGCCAAAACCUUUGGUUUAUUUCAACAAACAAAUUUGAAAAUUUAG